AUGAAUCCUCAGUCUACCCAGAUCACCACUCCCUCCGGAGCUGUUCCGGGGACCAAUGGCAUGGUCAGCCCGAUCCACUUGGAGCCUCGUACUCCUUACCCAUAUGGCUAUCCUCAAGGUGCCAACAUGCCGGUUCAUGGGAACACUGGCCCAAUGCCUCAGUUCGUUCCCGCUCCCAGUAUGGGCUUUCAGGCUCAUUGUGCCAAUUCUGGUGGCAAAGUUCGAGCACCUGUUCCAAUGAACAUAAUCCCCAACAUGAACGCCAACAUGAACGCCAACAUGAACGGCGCCUUGAACGGUCCCAUUGGCUGGUCGAAUGCCAACGGCAGUAUGUACAAAACUUCGUUCGUGCCUUACCCGAACACGCCAUUCUACAAUGGCAUGCAACAGAUGUCAUCAUUCCCUUCCGGCUCUGUUUCGACCCCGGUGAGCAUGCACCCAGCUAAUACUCCGAUGGUGCAUGGGGAUUACCACUGGCAAUACAUGAUGAAUUAUGGCUUCCCCAAUCACUCCGUCAACCAAGAUUCAUGGACUGCCUUCAAUGGGCAACAUGGACCCAACAGCGAAAACACCAUGCCUAUGAGCUGUUUCAACAGAGGUCAGUACAAUCCUGGUAUGGACAGUCCCACUCUUCUGGGAUACCCAUAUGGAAACAUGUAUCCGCAGACGGUAUCUAACGUGCCUUUCUCAGUCCAAGUGAUGAGAACGGAAACUGGAUAUGCUGCACAGGACAUGGAGGCUCUCACACAGCAAGAGCCCGCGAUUCCUCGGGCAGUGCGAGCCAUGUGGAGCCCCCAGUCCGAGCUGAGUCUCGCCAAAUGCCUCGAGAACCGCGAGGGCAUCACCAACGUCUAUAUCCGAGGCUUCCUUCCGGACACGACUGAUGAGAUCCUUCAUGCAUAUGCUGCUCGCUUCGGCGAAAUUGAACGGUUGAAGGCCAUCGUUGACCUCGAGACGGGUCUUUGCAAGGGCUUCGGAUUUGUCCAAUUUCGCGAUUACACGUCCUGUGAGAACUGCAUUCGCGCGUUCUUCUAUCUUGGCUACCAAGCUAGUUAUGCCCAGAAGUCACGUAACUCUCGUCUCAAGGAGUUGGAGGACCGAUCGUCAACCAACAUCUAUUGCACAAACAUCCCGCAUGACUGGGCCGAAGUGGAUCUUCGUGCUCACUUUGAGCCCUACCGUGUCGUGUCGGAGAAGAUCAGCCGAGACGAGGUGACCGCCGUGAGCAAGGAAGUGGGAUUUGCUCGCUUCGAGACCCGUGAGAUCGCCGAGGCCGUCUUGGCCGAGUUCCACAAUGUGGUGGCCGGCCCGAAGAAAGCGAAGUUGCUGUUGCGCUUUGCGGACACCAAGGCCCAGAAGUUGCUGAAGCAGCAGAGCAACGAGCGUCGCGCAUAUCGGACCCGUGAGUACAAUCAAGCGGUUGGAAUGCAGCAGGGUUCGACUCCAUCGCCCACCGUUCGACGCCCUCGACACCCGAAUGCCCACAUUACGCCCGAUUCUCAGCAGAGCAUCAACAUUUCUCCGGAUCAAAUCAGCUCCAACUGGACUCCUGCAACCUCGAUCUCACCCACUUACGCUUUGAUGAAGAAGCAUGGAAACGGUGCGCCACGCAAUGCUCCGGUUCAAAGCCUGUCCGCAUUGCAGAACACCACGAUGUACCGAGAGGGGUUCUUGCAUCGUCGUUCCAUGACUGAGAUCUCGGGCUCAUCCAUGACACCUCGACCCGGCUCUCCUGAUCUCGAGCCUCGUUCGUACAUGUCAAGCCCCCGAAAGGAGAACUUCAAGGCUGGCUCAAUGUCCCCGAUUCCAUCUCGAAUGGCGCUUACUGUUCCAACCCCCGGGUCUUGCGCCUGA